AUGCUGCCCUGCCUCAUGCUGUUUCUCCUGAUGGGGCUAUCCACGCACACCAUGGCCGGUGACAGUGGAGAGGAAGGAGCACUCGACACUGAAGCAGGGCCCUGGAUAACUGAAGGCUCUGGUCCCAGCAUUCAGCUCCAGCUGCGGGAGGUGAAGAGGGGCAAGGCCAGCCAGUUCUUUGGGCUGAUGGGGAAGCGUUUGGGAGGCAGAAAGGAUGAUGACCAAGGUUCAGAGUGA